CAGCCGUUCAAAACACUCUAAGCAUAUGCAGCAGAAACCCAGUGCCCGACCCUCCCAGAGUUGUCAGUUUGGUUUUCCCUCCCCUAAGCGGUGUUGGAAGCUCAAUGCAGAUGCAACUUCAAGCACCUGCAGACACAGGUAGGGGGAGUCGAAAUUACCGAGCACACUCCCUCGACUCAGAGGAGCCUGAUCCUUGAUAAUGCUAUACUGAUUGUUUUGUUUCAAUACAGUUUCUAGAUAGAUUUCUUUGGAGGAUGAAGAGGGGUAUCUGUAGCUUAGGUACUUGUCCGCAUCUGACUUAGCUGAAUUAUUCAUUUUCCGCGUCGGUUCAGUCGCCUACCUCCCUUUUCUGAAUAUCGGAGCACGUAGGGUUUUUGUGAGUGUUUGUGUGACUGUGUGUGCGCAGAGGAACCGAGCUCAGACAGCGUACUGACAAUCCUGCAAAUUGCAGAGCGCACAGGACCCGCUUGGCAAGCAGUAUCAGCGUAGCAUAGAGGUGAGUAACCACAAGCAGGCUUGUUUCGGUGCAUAAUUAGGCUCUCUGGCUUUCUGUUUUUUCAGCAACAAUCCGAUUUUAGGUACUUCAGUGUCUGGCCGCGUACACUAUUAAUGAUACCAUCCUUUAUCUUUUAGUGAAGAAGGCUGGAGUUGUACAGCCUCGCCUCCUUCCUUACUGUCGUGUUGUCGGAAUAGAAGCAUUUUUCCGUAUUAGAAACUUAAUGGCUUCAUGGGGAUAGAUUGCGUGGGAACUCGAGAAAUGAGUUCUUUCCAAGAAAAGUAGAAUCUGCCUCGAAGAGUCUGCUAUUGAACUGGUACCGCUCUGUCCAGUUUUCUGUGGGAAUACUGUUCUCCGCUAUGCGCUGUCAGUACCAGGAAUCAUUUUGAAGGAAAGAAUUUUCUUUUACUUCGGGUUAUUAAAUGGUUUUCUGGAGGAUUUAAAAAAAAUGCUGCUGCUUGUUUUGUUGGCUUUUUCCGUCCCCAGUUCGUCUCCAAACUCGGAUUCUGACCUCUCCGCGGAGACCUGCAGCAUUUGCUCUUGCAUGUCCAUGGAAAACGUCCUCUAUGUGAACUGUGAGAAGAUUACCGUGUACAGACCUACACAGCUGAAACCCCCGUCCUCCAGUCUCUAUCAUCUAAAUUUCCAGAAUAAUUUACUGAUAAUCCUGUACCCGAAUUCCUUUCUCAAUUUCACUCACGCAGUCUCACUCCAGCUCGGGAACAACAAACUGCAGAACAUUGAGGGAGGGGCGUUUAUGGGACUCAGCGCAUUAAAACAGUUGCACUUAAAUAACAAUGAAUUAAAGAUGCUUCGUGCUGACACUUUCUUAGGCAUUGAGAACUUGGAAUAUCUCCAAGCUGACUACAAUUUAAUCAAGUUUAUUGAACGGGGAGCCUUCAAUAAGUUGCACAAGCUAAAAGUGCUUAUCCUUAAUGACAAUCUCAUACAAAGCCUUCCUGACAACAUUUUUCGUUUUGCCUCUCUAACCCAUUUGGAUAUAAGAGGGAACAGGAUACAGAAGCUCCCUUACAUUGGUGUUUUGGAGCACAUUGGAAGAAUAGUGGAAUUGCAGCUGGAGGAUAAUCCAUGGAAUUGCACCUGUGAUUUGCUACCCCUGAAAGCGUGGCUGGAAAACAUGCCCUAUAAUAUUUAUAUUGGCGAGGCGAUUUGCGAGACCCCCAGUGACUUGUAUGGAAGGUUGUUGAAAGAGGCCAGUAAACAAGAGCUGUGUCCAAUGGGCAUAGGCAGCGACUUUGAUAUUCAGAUGCCACCCUUGCCUCCAGAAAAUGGGCAGACAACAUCUAAUGUUGCACCGACUACAAUACAGCACCUCAUUACCAAAGCACCCAAAACAACCAAUCCUUCAAAAAUAUCGGGAAUCAUUGCUGGAAAGGCAUUCCCUGGCAACCGGAAUCUCACCCAAACUGUGUCCUAUCAGACAAGAGUGCCCCCAUUCUCCCCCUGCCCGCACCCCUGUAACUGCAAAGCUCACCCUUCAGAUUUCGGCAUCAGCGUUAGCUGCCAGGAGAGGAACAUUAAAAACUUAGCAGAACUUGUACCCAAGCCUGAAAAUGCCAAGAAGCUUCACCUCAGUGGUAACAACAUCAGAGAUAUCAGUCUGUCUGAUUUUCAAGGAUUUGAAGGUUUGGAUCUGCUACAUUUGGGCAGCAAUCAAAUUGUGACGGUUCAGAAGGGAGUAUUUGCUAAUUUGACCAAUCUUCGUAGGCUUUAUCUAAAUGGCAAUCAGAUUGAAAGGCUUUAUCCUGAAAUGUUUCACGGGCUCACUAACCUCCAGUACUUGUAUUUGGAAUAUAAUGCCAUAAAGGAGGUAUUAGCUGGAACAUUUGACUCCAUGCCAAAUCUGCAGCUUUUGUAUCUGAACAAUAAUGUGUUGAGAAGCCUUCCAGCAUAUAUCUUUGCUGGUGUUACCCUUGCCAGGCUGAAUCUGAAGAACAAUCACUUCAUGUAUCUGCCUGUGAGUGGCGUUCUAGACCAGCUCACAUCCCUCAGUCAGAUAGACUUAGAAGGCAAUCCCUGGGAUUGCACAUGUGACUUAGUGGCUUUAAAACUGUGGCUUGAGAAGUUGAAUGAUGGCGUUGCCAGCAAGGAGAUAAAAUGCACUUCCCCUGUCCAGUUUUCUAACGUUGAGCUUAAGAAGAUUACAAAUGAAAUGUUAUGCCCAAAACUUUUAAUGAAGCCGCCUUUCAUUCUGACCAGCUCUACGCCUGUUAUCACAUCAACAUCUCCAGCUGGACUGGGUAAGGCACCUCCAGGUGGACCUGUGCCCUUGUCAAUUAUGAUUCUGAGCAUUUUAGUUGUGCUGAUUUUAACUGUGUUUGUUGCAUUUUGCCUCCUUGUCUUUGUCCUGAGACGUAACAAAAAGCCAGCAGGGAGGCAUGAAGGAUUAGGGAACCAGGAAUGCAGUUCAAUGCAGCUUCAUCUUAGAAAGCACGAUCACAAGUCCAAUAAGAAAGACGACCUGGGUGGAGAAACCUUCAUACCGCAAACCAUAGAACACAUGAGCAAAAGCCACACAUGUGGCUUAAAGGAUUCUGAGUCAGGUUUAAAAUUUGGUGACUGUCCCAUGCAGAAAAUAAUCCUGAGGAAUAGCGGUGAAAAGGACAAAGAUUCAUUGUCUCGAGACCCAAGAAAGAGACUAAGCACUAUUGAUGAACUGGAUGAAUUUUUACCAGGAAGAGAAUCUAACAUGUUUAUCCAGAACUUUUUAGAAAACAAAAAGGAUUUCAACAGUAUAGGUGUCAGUGGGUUUGAAAUUCGCUACCCUGAAAAACCACAGGACAAAAAAAUGAAAAAAUCCUUAAUAGGAGGCAAUCACAGCAAGAUAGUGGUGGAACAGCGGAAAAGUGAAUAUUAUGAACUCAAAGCCAGGCUUCAAGGUUCUCCAGAUUACCUUCAAGUGCUAGAGGAACAGACAGCUCUGAAUAAAAUGUAGGCCGCCCAAAUCCUUCAGUGUGUUUCCUUAUGACAAAAGUGCCUUUUGAUGACUUUAAACUUCCAGAAAUUUGCAGUGAUAGUUGGACAACUGGACAAGUGAUCCCAGGGACGACUAGACAUACAGUCACAUCAUUUGCUUAGAUGCAGUGGCUGUUUUGCAAAUAAAACCUUUUAUUUGAUUAUCAUUUCCAAUGAGACAGUGCAGUUCGUACACAGUAUGCUUUCAUUUCUCUUUGAACUUUAUAAAUCAUCCCUAAGAAACUGCAUAGUAAUUUGCUGCUAUUGAAAUCAGUACUUUGAAUUUUGAUACAUUUACCAAAAUUGUUAGGUCUGGAAACAAUUGGUGAUUGUACCUCUUGCCAACUCUGUUGCACUGGGCUUUGCUUUGGGUCAGAGUUAGUGGCUGGAAGUUUGAAUAAUCAGGCCAGACCAAACCUAGAGAGUGAGACACUGGCCUGGAAAGCCAACAAACAGGAGAGGACCUGCAGACAUCGUAAGUCACACUUUGUCUAUAUUGCAAAACUUAGAAAACAUUUUGCCACUGCUGGAGGGGUUUUAAGAUAUAUAUUCAUUAACAAUGAGGCAUGUAAAACACAAACCACCAGUAGGAUAUUUUAAUUUAAAUAUAUCGGUUUAUGUGUAUGUAAAGAACCCAGUUAAUAUUCUGUUUAACUCGGUGGUUCUCCUCUAAAGUUUUGGGCAUUACCAAUGCCAGGAGGUUUUAAAAAAAGCCCCCUCCCCCCAAAAUAAAAAAACAGCUGCUUGCCAUGUAAGCGUACCUGGAUUUUAUUUUGUAAACAUUCUUUGUAUCUGUGGAACAGUUUGUAAAAAAAAGUCUAAAAGGAAAAAAAAUGGUGCCAGAAAUGAUGAUGGUCAGUCUAUAUUGCAUUUAUCUUCAUAUUUAAUUUAUUUUUCUACACAGGGUUCUUUGACACUCCCUGGUACUAUUUAAAAACAACAAUAGACUUACUGUAGGUGUUAGGAAAUUUCAAAGGAAAGUGGUGGGGAACCAAACCCUUUGACACUUGACUUUGUUGCUAGAAGAGGAGAGAGUAAGUUGGGUUUUUGUGGUUCAAUGUAUUUUUUUGAAGAGACGGGUAAAGUGUUCUUUGUAAAAGUGAUGUAAGGGCAUUUUCACUAUGAUAUUGCACGAGCUGAAGUUUGAUGGUAUAUAAAUCUUUAACAGUUUGCUUAUCACUUGUAUUCCAGAUUAAUUUGUGAAAUUUCUGAAUAAUGAUAUGCAACCAAAAUAAAUUAGCAUUACUGUGAUGACAUUCUGGAUAUAGUGUGACUGUUGCGACAAAAAAUGUAAAUCAUGGAUUAUCAGAAGGCAACAAUCAUGGUUCAGAAAAUGUUUUAAUGUCAGGAGGUUCUGUGAAAUACUUUGUUUUUAAAUAGCUGCAGGCACAUUCACACGACGUGCAAUAUUUAUAUACUCAAUUAAUAAAAGGUCAUUUACUUAAAUAUAUUUUUUGUUUAAGAUAAAAUUGUGGAGGCAACAUCUGUGUUCUGUGGACAUUUUUCUCCACAUAUUUUGUGAAAAGUCCAUAUUCAAAAAUACUAAUACUUAAGUUAAAGAAAUCUAUGAAGUUAUCAAUAUUUUUAUUUAAAACAAGUGAAUAGAAUGUACCACAAAUGGUAUAAUAAAAUGUUUUUCCUCUAAAAGUCAGAUGAGUACUGUAUAUUGAUUAGUUGCAGUUUAAUUGUAUCAACCUGUUGAAGUCAAAGUAUAAAUAUUGACCACCUAUGUUGCACUGCUUUUUUUUAGUCUCAAUACUGUACGUAACUGUUACAUUUGCUUUCAGAAAAUAAAGGCCCCAACUGUUCUUUUAGCAAAUGUGAAACACUAUAUUUUGCACAUUGGCUUCGUGAUAAUAUUGUAUUUUCUAUUUAUUUAUAUAUUUAUUUAUAGAGGUGUGCACACAGUAUUGAUGUCCUUUAGAUUUCCUUCCCUUUUAAAACAUUGUUUUGGUUGAAUUUUUACUAAUGUUUCUAUUUGUGAUAUCAUUUUAUAUCAAAAGGCUAUUUUAGUGUUUUUCUGAAUUUGAAUUUCCAGAACAUCAAGAAUUAUUUGAUCAUUGCAUCUGCUUUGUUACAAAAAGCCAUACCAGGACUUACACAAUGAAUAUGAAUGACAAACAUAGUGGUUCUCAGGCGAAGACAGUGUGGCGCAGAUUCCUUGCUGUUAUAAAUAACCUUAAUGUGCAUGUUUUGCUGUUUGAUAAUGCAUUAAAUAAGCACAGUGAGAUUUUUUUUUCUUUUUCUGUUGCAUCCAAAGAGAUGGAGAUAUGUAAAACCAGAAUGUAUUUGCAAAACUUUUAACUCUAUUUUGACAUAAAUUCAGUCAAUAAAUUGUAUUGUUUAUACAUUA